UGUAUCGUAAAUAUUUUAGCUAGGCUGGCGUUAUAAAUUGAACGAAAAAAACAUGUUUGUUGUUAAAUUCUUUUAUUCGAAAAUUAUGAAAAAAAUUAAAGUUGUUCUAGAUUGUAACCAUAAAAAAAAAAACAUGUCAAAAUGCAGUAGGAAGUGAGGCAUAGCUGAGAGGACUCCAUGUGGUAAGCAAGAGGAAUUCAAACAAUGUUGACCGUAAAAAGUGUUCCAAUUAUUCAUAAUGCUGAUUCUUGCAAUGAUAAUCUUAGACUGAAGCGGUACCAUUAUGUUAAACAGCGAAAAUUUACGAUCGCAAAAGUUUCCGUCUACUUCUGGAACUAAAUCAGGACUCGAAGCAAUCUUGUACCCAGUUUCUUCUACGCCUAUAAUGUUUUUACAGAACUACCUCUUAGUACGAACUUAGAAAUACACUGGAAACGAAGUUGGACUAGAAGAAUAAGAUGUUCUUGAAGCAUAAAAUCUUUUGGCGACAUAAUUCGUACAUAAAAAAUUUGAAUUUUUUUUUAUUAAAAUAUUUUGCUGCUUCAAAAAUACAAGAUAUACGUGUCUUUUUAUUAUUAAUAUCGGUAUUUUGUCUGUGUAAGAAAAAAGUUGUGCUACGGGCACACAAAAUAGCAUGAAAUUUAAAGAACUGGCGACCCCGCGGAUUUGUCCACGGGUUACAGCUAGGCACUAUAUUAAUAAUAGCCGUAUUCUGUAUGUGCACAAGUCGUGCUACAAAAACACAAAACGCGAUAUAUAAAAGGCAGGCGAACCUAUGGUUUUAUCCACGGGUUAACGACUAUCUCUUUAAAAAUAGCCGUAUUCCGUCUGUCUGUUUGUGCGCAAGAAAACACCCGUGUUGCGGACACACGAAAUACUCAAUAUAAAAAGGACGGGCGACCCUGUGAAUCUUUCCACCGGCUACCGGUUAGUUUAUUAAUAAUAGCCGUAUUCUGCGUCUUCAAAAUGGUAUCUGAAUCGCUACUCCCUGCCGAGGAUGCACGAAAUAUCGUUUGGCAUAUGUAGGACCGUCUAACCCGUAGAGGUUUCUACGAGCUAACAACUUUUGUGUUCUAAAAGGCUUUAGGGUGAGGGGGAAAAAAGAGAGAAGGUGUGGACAAAAAUGUCAACCCGCUUGGGUUUUGGUCGUUAAUUCCUGAUCUCUUUGUAUGAUCCAUUUUACGUUUUCAGCAGGAGGAAGUUUUGUCAACGCAUUAAGUUGGAACGAAUUGUUGUUGUUCAAGAUGCAAACACUUAAAUGAAAUUUACUUAUCUAUUAUUAGAUAGUCAGCAGUAUUAUGAUUGAUUAUGAAUUUCCUUUUUUGAUCUUAACUUAAUAAGCACGUUGUAAUUAUUGUUGUGACUGACCUACAACUGAUAAAGUUGUUUUUAAUUAACUAAUUUGUGACUUUCAGAGCCUCCGUUUUCUUGUGCAACGAUAAGGAGCGAAAUCUCAGACUUUGAACUUUAGUAGUUUAGAAUUUUUUUGAUGAGGUUUUCGGAGUUAGGUACUGUUAUGUUUAGUUGACUGUUAAUCUCGUUCCCAGAGCGAGCUUCUUAUUUGCUUCGAAAAAUAAGCUCUGGGGACGGCAUUGAUUGACUGCCGUACUUUCUUAAUUCUUUCAAAACGAUAUUUCGAAAUUUUAUGCGAUUUUAUUUUUUAUUGUCUUUUUACUUUAAUCUUAGGCUAGCGUUUGUUUAAAAAAAUGGUUCGGACAAUUUUGGUUUAAAUGAAUUUGAAGACGCUCCCAUUUUUCCUGUUUCAUACAUUUAGAUUUUCCUAUCAGUCCCCAAUAAAAACCAGGAUUCGCGCUUGCGCGUGCAAACUUGAAAAUCGCGGGAAAUAGAUCAGAGGUAAAUAAGGCAAAUCUUAUUAUCUUGUUUGGUCCAUUUAAUAAUGCAUGCGCCUUCUACGUAUCACGAAACACACGAAUCCAGUUUAAUUCCUGAUUUUAAACUAUAUUUUCUUCAAGGAGUAAAAAAUAUAAUAUUACUAAUUGGAAAAAGUGAGGUUGUAUAUACGUUUAAUGUAUGAAUGGCGCAAUUAACCUCAUCCCCAAGGGCAUCUUCUAUUUUUCUGACAUGGACAAUACAAGAUACUCUGGUGAUGAGGUUGCACUGCACAUGUCUAUGUUGCCAUAGUGACAUGAGAAAUUGAUCAUUUAUUUAAAGUUAUGAGGAGAUUGAAAAGAUUAAGAAUUCGAUUACGUAUGGAAAGAUGAAAUUAAAUAUGUCUGUCUAUGUACUUCAUUUAUUUAUUUAUUUAUUUUGUGUUUUAUUGUCCCGAGAUGCAUGUGGAUGUAAUGAUAAUGUAUAAAGCCAUACAGAAUAUAACUAAAGAGAAUCCAUCAGAAGAUUUAGUUACCAUACUUGGAGAUUGGAGUUUCAUGUAAUAAACAUCACGAAAUUUUGAGCCUGGUGUGUAAAUAAAGUAGCUACAUUGGAGUUUCAUGUAACAAACAACACGAAAUGAGUGCUGCGUGGUUGGUCACUUGCAUUGUGUUGGAUAUCGCUGUGAUUAUAGCUAACUUCAUAGAACAAUUACUAAUAUACCAAAAGUGGCAAUACUUAGACAGAAUCGAUCAUUUGUUAUUGAGCCUCUCUAUAUCGGAUAUAAUCAGUGGAAUAGCUACCCUGGGUAUUGAUUCGUGGUUUUUAGCUCGUGAAAAUGGUCAUAUCAGUGAUAUGGUACUGCAUGAACAUCAUAACAUGAUAUCAAAAAUAUUCGACUCAGUCUUUUUAUUCUCCGUGUUUGCUUCAAUUUUUCAUGUUAUCGCAGUUGCGAUUGAAAGACUAUACGCCAUCAGAUUUCCGCGUCGGUAUUAUAUUUUCACAACGUUUAAAUUUAAAUUCGCGACGAUCUCAACUGUGUGGAUAGCAGCACUAGCUUUGACUCCUACAUUCGCUGUCUCAUCUUUAUUAUCUGCUAAACAAGUUGGCUCGUUCAUACGGGGCACAGUAUUUCUAACAGCCGCCAUUAUUGUAUUUAUUACAUAUAUAGUCAUCGCGUAUUACUUAGUGCGUCAAAGAAAGUCCAUUAUACAAGAUUUUAGUCCAGAUUGUAGCUUACAAGAAGAUCGACUGAAACGUCUAACUACUUUGUGCUUGUUUCUUGGAAUCAGUUUUGUCGUCUGCAUUUUACCAAUCACCCUUGGAUAUUUUAGUCCUAAACUUUACCACCCGAUAUCAAGUAUCAUGAUUACUUUAAAUUCAUUUAUUAACCCGUGCGUCUAUUUUGUGAAAGUUUAUUAUGAAACGCGUAAUAUAACACGAAGCAGAUCAGACACUACGCAUGCGCUGUUAGAUCACAAAGGUUAUGCGUACACGGUUACAACUGAAACGAAUUACGAGACCGAUGUGAAUGAGAACGGAGGCCAUCACAAGUAUUAUAGGUAGGGAUAAUGCAUUGCAUGAUAGAAACGUGAAGUUGGGUAAAACUUUCUAUCAGCAUUUCUACGAUAUUGGCAGCUCCUCUAAGGUGCGAUAGAUGGUACAGAGGUAUUACUAAAUGCGCAAUUCAUUAUGUGUGAUCGCGUGUGCUUUCAAAAUUCAGUCACUUAAACUAAAACUAACACUGGUGAAAAAAAGGUCCAGUUAGACGGUAUGUGUGAUCAUGCCGGCUAAAGUCAACUGGUACAAACAGAAUCUUCUUUUGAAAUGGACAGUUCGGAUUAUAUUUUCUGCUUUGUUAUGCUCUGUUAGUUCUUUAUUACUUUACGAAAAACAGAUUUAUAUACUUAUGAGCUUAUACGAGACUGUUCUCAUUGUUAAAAAUCCAGAAAAUCAUUAGCAAACAGAAUACGUAAUUUAAAAGCUGAAGGUCAAUUUAUCAAGUUGCGUUUUCUAGGUGCGUUAAUUUUAAGCGUGUGUCAUUUCCUUUAAAUAUUGCUUAAUUUGUUUAAAAAACAAACUUUAUAAUCUGCUACUAAUACGAGGAUAUAUUUACAAAAAGUAAACACAAUUUUGGCCAGUGAAUAUUGGCAAAGAAUACAAGUAUGUUGCCGUGCCAAGAUUUUCUACAUAAAAAAAUCUACCUUAACAAACUCGUUUCCAGUUCUUUUUUUAGAAAGCCUUAAGUUACGACAAGUUACGUCUUUAACUAAACAGCAAACAUAAUGGGCGCUAAAUUCUUAUAGUGAAACGCACUAAUGUAAAUUAUUGUCAUCCAAGCUCAGUCUAUAUAGAGUGUAACGAAACAAGACAAACUACUGGAUUAGACUCUUUAAUUUACAGGGUACGAGGUUGUUGUGUUUGAUUUGUUUACUUUUUAAAUUUCGCAAGUCCUGUUUAUAAGAAGUGAUCCAAUACAAACAACGUCUAGAGACUAGACAUAAGAUUGUGUGUGCUUAAGCCUUUGUUUAUUUUACUCAAAAGAUUUUUUAAUUCAUUUAGCAAAAUAUGGAUCUAAUGGAAAACGACGCCUAUUUCAUACCUUCUCUGAAGUGAAAAGUGAAAAGGCUGUUGUGUGUAUUCUAUGCGCAUGCGUAAACCUAUUUAUACAGUUUUUUGGUCUCCAUUUACGUUUAUAGCUGAAUUGAAAUCUCUAAUAAGUUUUACGCUUUUCCAAGUAUAUUUUUCUCUGUUCGAGAAAAAUAAUUGUUGAGGUUUUUUCGAGAUUUUUUGUACAAAGUACGUGUAUUAUAGGUUAUAUUUUUGAGAGUAGCAACGAGUAUACUGAUUGUGAGGAAUAUUUUCAAAUAUAUAUUUCAUCAAAAUAUUUAUGUGCUUUAUUUUAUUUGGUCCACCUGUGGUUGCAAAUCUUUUUUUUUAUUUCACAAAGGUUGUCUAGCAUGGUCCAAUACUCAGUUAUUCACAUUCACAAAUAUGCAGAUAGUCAGGUGAAUCAAAGACUUUCAAUAACUCAUCAAUGUAGUUGAAGCGCUGCAUACUUCCAUCUUCGUGGACCCAUAAGUUGCGGCAACACUCAACUAGUUCUAGGCCUCCUGCAGGAUGGGUAUAAUCAGCAUUUUCAUGACAUUGUUUUCCUCUACCCCACGAUAUGAUGUAACUGUACGUUUCUCGAACAAGCCUUUUUGUGGAAAGACACUUAUGUCUUUUUGAUUAAUC